UGUGUAUACUGUUUGCAGUACUUUGUGACACAGUAUAUAAAAAGCCCGUGAAACUAGAAAAAAACUAUAAAAUCGAGCAAUAUUCUAAUGGGAUGAUCAUACAUUUGCAAAGUUUGAUAUUCAAAAUAUUAAUGGAUGUCCAUUUCUUUGAAUAUUAAUAUGUGUGAAAUAUUACGUAGCAAUUUUCUUACUUUCGCGAUAUAUCUUGAAAUGACAACCACAACACAAAUAACGUUUGAAGACAGGAAUAUUUUUCAACCGUUUUAGUAGCAAUGCAUAAUCUGUUUCGAAGAAUUUAUUUUUAUAUAGUUGUUUGAUUACCAGUUUUACCCUUUUUUCAUUAACUGUUUCGGAUUUUGAUCUUUUUUGAAAUUAAGUCAAGAAUGUAAUAUGUCAGCAGAUUUAUGUCAAAAUACAACUAUAUUGCAAAAACAGCAACUUCGCAACUUUCUAAUAGAAAUCAAUAUUCAAUCACCUUGAGCUUAUAUGAAAGAAAACUCGAAAAUGCCAACUAAGAGGAUGAAACAUGAAAAAUAUUGUAAAACUAUGCUAGAUUGAAUGGAUUGAAAAUAUGCAGUGCCAAAUUGUUUCAUGGGGGAUGCCCAGCCUACAUUCGCUCGUCAUACGACGAGCUCCACUGAUGGAUAUGGGUACUGCCACCAGUUCUGUGACAUCUGUCAAUUCUUCUAAUAAAGUUGCUGCAAGUCAGAAAAAAGUUGAUAAGUCUAACAAACUUACUGGAGUCAGAUUACCAUUAUUGCGCAAAGAAGCCAGUGUUAUAAAUCUUUCAUUGACAGAGAGAACUGUAGUAGGAAAAGGAGUGGAUGCACCUUUACUUAGACCUGAAAGUAGUGCAAGUUUGGAAGCUCGUGGUAAUAGUUGGUUGAGUUUAGGCCCCACAGGAUUAAGAAAAUGUGAAACUACUGUGGGUUUAAGCACUUCUGCUUUAGAGGGCAGACCUAUAAAUCGCAGUCGAGUAUGUUCUCGCUGUUCCAGUUUAUUAUCAUUGGCAUCUAGUUCCCGCUACAGUUUAGCUGCAGGCAAUUUUGUUCCUGCAAGUUCUCAACAAGCACUUGGACGUAUCUUUUGUAAAUUAUGUCUUGUUGAUACUUCUUUUUCUAAAACAUUUAAGAUAGAAGGCUGUGGUUGUUCCUAUUGUAAAGAUUGUAUGAAAGCAUAUGUUGAAUUUGAAAUUGAAGAAGGUGCAUAUGAAAUUAGUUGUCCUGAUGCACAAUGUGAACAUGGAGCAAUACUUUCCAUGAAGGAAAUAUCAAGUCUUGUUAGUGCUGAACUUGUGGAAAAACAUCAUAAAUUCCGAUUAAACAGAGACGUAUCCAUGGAUAAAGCACGUGCUUGGUGUCCACGUGCAGGUUGCGAAACAAUAUGUUCUAUAAAUGCUACUGGUUCAAAUGGAACUCCUAUUGGGCCAGUUCAUUGUCCUAAUUGCUCUACAGAUUUCUGUUCUAUAUGUCGGGAAUCUUGGCAUACUGGUCCUUGUUCAGAUAUUUCCUUAGGUAUACCAUUUGAUGGUGAUCAUAUCAAAUGUUGUCCUAUGUGUUCUGUACCUAUUGAAAAGGAUGAAGGAUGUGCUCAAAUGAUGUGUAAAAGAUGUAAACAUGUGUUUUGUUGGUACUGUUUAGCUUCUUUAGAUGAUGACUUUCUAUUGCGACAUUACGACAAAGGACCGUGUAAAAAUAAGUUGGGUCACUCACGAGCAUCAGUUAUUUGGCACAGAACACAAGUUAUUGGAAUUUUUGCUGGAUUUGGAUUACUCUUGCUCGUUGCAUCGCCGUUACUUUUAUUGGCCGCACCAUGUAUUGUAUGCUGUAAAUGUCGUGUAUGUGGUUCGUCUAGACUUGAACAAGAAGAAGGUGAUACUGCAACGUAGGAAAACAUUAAAAGUUUUUCAAUAUUCCUGUAUAAUUCCUUUCCACUACGAUAAAUAAUUAAAUUAGUGUAUCCAAUCAGUGCACGUAAUUGGUGACUUAUAUAGAUAUACAUUGAAUUUGGUGCAUCAUAAAUUGUAUGACAAAAAAUAAUAUAAAGGGAAUAUAAUAUCUAUAUUGCGAAACAUUUAAUUUUAUAAGUGAAGUGAAAUUUAAUAAUAUUAUGUUUUCAAUCAUUUUUGUGGAUGUUACUUAUAAUCAAUAAUUAUUUUCAUUAUUUCGACAUAUUGCAAACUUAUGAGCUUAAAAAGGAUCAAUAUAUUUAUAUAUAUAUUUAUGGUAUGAUUGUUCUUAUAUAUAUAAGAAAUUUACGUUUAUUAAAAGCUACUUAAUAUCUAAUUGAUAUUUAAUAGUUACAAUUUAAAUUUUGAAAGCUAAUAAGACUCUUUUACUGUUAUCAGAUUCUAGUAAUAUUUUCUCAUUUUUAAAAUGUCUAUGUAUCGUAAAUACUCAUAAUUUUUGUUUAUGACAUUCCAGAAAAUUAUAUUUAUAUUGCAUUGGAUUGACUGCCAUAUUCAAAAUUGUUUUAAGUUCUUUUUUGUAUGCAUCAAAUAAUAGCUUGUUUCAUAAUUAUUUUAUAUAUAUGUGAUUUGCUGUUAUAAUUUUUAGCAAUACUCAAUAUUCUGUUCAUGUACUUUUACGCUUUUACUAAUAUAUAAAAAAAGUUUUAUGAAUAUAUCCAUAAAUGUAAAAUAAUAAACAAUGUAUAUCUAUAUCUGAAUUCAGUAAAACUAAGAUAUGAUUGUUUUAAAAUCUUAUAAAUUGUUGAUUGAAUUGUAGACCUUUUUGUUUUAUCUGUGCCACUUCGUUUAGAUUGGCAAAUAAUUAAUUGUAUGUAUAUUUAUUAUCAAUCUAUAUGAAUCGUUAAGCUCUACCAAAUUUAAAAACAUCAAAUUUACGAAAACCUGUGAAAAUUCCAUUAUUAAUAUAUACUUAAUAUAUUUACUAUUAAUGAUAUAUUUAUAAAUACCAUUUCCCGAUUUGAAGGGAUAUUAUUCCGUGUGUGUCUUAAGCAAUUCUUUGAAUUGAUAAUAGAAUAUAGACCAAAAAUAGUAAAAGCAGUAUGUUAUAAUACAUAAACAAUAAAAUUAGAUUACUAUAAAGCAUAUAAGAAGUCAUCCAAUUUCUGAUUACAAUUAUAUACAAUAAUACCAGAUCUGUUAAAAUAUUCAUUUUUGCCUAAGAAAUUUGUCUAUCUGUUGUGAUGAAUUUUUGAUAUAAUUGGUAUUACAAUGUAAGAAUGAUUUUCCUCAUUUUAUAUGUGCAUAUACAUGUAAUCUCAUGUGCACAAAUGCAUGUACAAUGAACUUACAGUGCAUAUACAUAUGUAUCAUACACAAAGUUAGCAUUGCCUAAUCAUAGUAUGUGAUUAGUUAAUAAUAAUGAAUUAUUAAAUAAAAAAUAAAAUAGAUUAUGUAAACGUGCAAAUUUCUAAAUAGACAUACAUUUAAAAUCUUUCUUGUAUCAUUGAGUAUAACUGUAUAUAAUCUGUAUUUGAGCAUGUAUAACUGUGUAUGUUAUUGAUUAUGAUAUGUAAAUAUACGCAUUAUAUAUAUAUAUAUAUAUAUAUAUAUAUAUAUAUAUAUAUAAUGCAUAUAUAAAAAUACCUGUAUCUGUGUUGGUGCAAUUUUGCACAAAAGUCAGUUUAAGUCGAAUAUAAAUACAAAAUAAAGAAUAUAUCAAAUUAAAAACUAAAUAAAUGAUUAAGAUAAGUCAUUUACGAUUUAUUAGUUGUACAUUUUCGUAUUACUUCUAAUAUGAUACACAAGUAAUUAAUGUUAAAAAGUCAUGAUCUUCCUAUAAUUACAUCUAUAUUCGUUUUAUAUAUUAUUUUUUUAAUAUAUAUCAAAUAUAAUAUGUUAUUGUAUUAUUUUUUAGGAACGAAAUCAAUUAAACAUCAAUGUACAUGUUAUUUUUACUUUCAUGUCUACUAAUUGAAAUGACGCACGGUUGGAAGGAUUAAUUAAAAUUCAGUUUUUCUAUUGUUUUGAUUUUAGAUAUUGAAUUUAUAUACAUAGAUGUAAAUAGCAAUAAAAGUGAUUCUUUUAUUUUUAGAAUGAUUAAUAUUCAAAAUUAACGCAUACACGCAUUUAUACUGUAGAACUUAAUUUUAUGUAAAAUUUUAGGAAAUUAACAAAACAGGGGCAAUUUUGAGAAUAAUGUCAACAUUUAUUACACAAUAACCCAUUUAUUAUUUUUUAAUACAAUAUUUUUUGUAAGAAAAUUCAAAACUUGUUUGGGUUAGAAUUGAUUGGAAUGAAACAUUUGCAUCAUUUAAGAUGCAUCAAAUUACAAAUAGAAUUUUUAGUAACAGCAAAUUUCUACUCGAAUGAGUUUCAUAGGGCUGUAUACUUAAAAAAUUCUGUCAUUAUUUAAUGCAUCUUGUUUGCUAAUUUUUAACGGAUCGUGGAUGAGUUGGAGAUUUCAUGAAUUAUACAAUGAUAGUUCUGUAGUCCUACUAAAAAGCUGUGAUAGAUCUUAGAUUGAUAUUCACAUAUGUGGGCUAAUUAAAGAAGAGGAAAUAACAAUCAGUAAUCUAAGUCUAUACACUACAACAUAUUAGUAUUAUUGUAAAGUUAAUGUCAAAAGAAUGAUUAAUAAAUUUAAUAAAAAUGAGUAAAUAUAACUAUAAUAGAUAAAAAUAGAUUAUUUGAUAAGACCUUUAGCUCUAAAUAAAUCUCUCAUCAAACCCUUUAAGUACCCAAUUUCUCGUUGUAAAUCUGUUACUUGAUUUUUCAGUUUUUCAUUAUAUUCAGUGAGCUCACGUUCUUCACCUAAUAUAUCUUUUAUUUCUUGCUUUUUUUUCUGCCUGUACCGUGUUGCCGCAUUUUUAUUUUGUUCUUUUUUUCGAACUUUUUUAUCUUCGAUCGAUGGACGGGAAUAAG